UUCUCACGAUCUGUGGAUGGGUUGGUGAUCGAUAGCUGACGAAAGACGAUUUCGUUACUUGUUUCUAAAUGUUUUGGAAGUGACGUGAAAGUACUAAAUUGUGAUUAGAAUGUGUCAGUGGCGUUGUAUAACAUAGGAUGUUCAACCCUCUAGCGGCUUCCCUGUCGUCCAGGAAAGAUGGUUGCAAGACAAUGACAGGCGCCGCCAUGAACUCGGUAGUGGCUGGUCUCCAACCUACUGACCGCGGCCGCAACACCAGAGGGAGCAUCAUCAACAACAAUAACAAUAAUAAUAACAAGAAACAUCUGGUUUCGAAAUCGAAUGGACUCUUGGCUUCGGCCAACAGAGAGGGAAUUAAGCGCAGCUCCAAAUCGGGUACGAGGUGUGGUAGAAAGCCCGUGACUAGACAGGACGCCGUUCAAGACAGUAAUUAUCCCGUGCAAGAUGAGUGGGCGGAGAAGACUGCUCUGGCCGCGUACGAGCACGUGGUGGAGAGGAUGGGGGAACUAAACGGAACGGCCGACGCCCAUCACACGGAUCUUCUCUUCCUGAAGGGGCUGAUGGACUCGCCCAUCAUGAAGUCGCUUGUCAAGGUGCAGGACACCCUCGAGGACGGUGUGGGCGUUGUUGAACCGGUCUCCUCCGGCAGUAGUAAACUCGUGUCCCAGAUCCGCCUUUUGUGCGAAGCCUCGACCAGCGCUCCUUCUCAAGAGCUUGCCGAUCUCCUUCAGCGGCCUCACCUCUUGGCACUCUUAGAGACCCAUGACACGAUAGCAGAUUGCCGUCACACAGGGACCCUAGGAAAUUCCAGCAACAGCUAUACUGGCAUAAACGGCUGUCACGACAACGCCACAUUCAUGCCGGAAGAAAAUGGGUAUCCGGUGGAUGCCAUUCGCAUGGUGGGCCUCCGGAAAAAAGCGGAUGAACCUCUGGGACUAACGGUUCGAGAGGACGAAAAUGGCUAUUUGGUUAUAGCACGCAUCAUGGCGGGGGGGAGCAUCGACAGGCAGGGACUGCUCCAUGUCGGGGAUGCCAUCUGUGAAGUCAAUGGUGUCGAGGUCAGUGUUCUUCAGGAACUUCACGAGGAAGUGGCAAAAUGUCGCGAUUCUGUCACGCUGAAGGUCAUCCCUGCUCUCCGUGACCCACCAGCGGGCAACCAGGUAACAAGCAGUCUCCACCCAGAUGCCACUAGAACCAUUUGUUACAUGAGAGCCUUCUAUUCGUAUGACCCAGCCGAAGAUACCCUUCUUCCAACUUGUCCUUCACAACAACCUCAAGAUAUUGGCCUCAAGUUUGAAAAAGGGGAUAUACUUCAGAUUGUUGAUCAGUCAGAUCCUAAUUGGUGGCAAGCACAGGUAGUAGGGUGCGCAUCUAAGAGAACAGGGCUCAUACCAUCACAGGAAUUAGAAGAGAGACGCAAGGCCUUUGUCAGACAAGAAUAUGAUUAUGUUCAUAAGAUUGGUAUAUGUGGCACAAGAAUAUCAAAGCGUAAAAAAAAGCUGAUGUUUUCUACCAAGAAAAGCACAGACUUUGAUCAAGCAGAAUUAGUCUUAUAUGAAGAGGUGGCCAGAAUGCCUCCUUUCAUGCGGAAGACUCUGGUUCUGAUUGGUUCACAUGGCGUAGGGCGAAGGACGCUCAAAAACAGAAUCAUUGCAUCAGAUCCAUCCAGAUUUGGUACUAUAAUACCUCAUACAUCUCGUCCCAUGCGGGAACUUGAAGAAGAUGGCAAAGCAUACCAUUUUACCACCAGAGAAGCCAUGGAGGCAGAUAUCAGACACCAUGGUUAUCUUGAGUAUGGUGAAUUGAAUGGAAACCUAUAUGGUACUAAGUGUGACUCCAUCCUUUCUAUAAUAAGAUCGGGAAAAAUGUGCGUCUUGGACUGUUCGCCAGCAUCUCUGAAGUAUUUACGAAAUUCAAGUGAAAUGCUGCCUUAUGUGAUAUUUUUGGCUGCUCCAGGAAUGGACCAAAUAAAGAACUUGUACAAUAUUGGAAAUUCUUUGUGCUCAUCUAGCCGAAAUCUUACGUUUGACCGUAACAGUUCCAUGAGGUACAGUUCCAGGCGUGCCAGGACACUCGAGUCAUUGGCAUCACUGUAUGAGGAAGACGAUUUCAAGCGCACAAUGGAGGAAAGUGCCAAACUUCAACGUGCAUAUGAUAAAUAUUUCGACCUGGUUAUUAUUAAUAAUGACCUUAACGACACUUACAACCAGAUUUUGGAAGCAAUAGAGCGCCUUUCAACUGAGCCACAGUGGGUGCCUGUAACUUGGGUGUACUAACAAAAUGCGAAGAAAUCAAAUGUAAUAAACAAAUGUUACGAGGAAGAGUUCAAGUGAUUCUAACAAAACUGAAACAUGAGACACAUAUUCCAGUGAAUUUGAGUAACUUUCUCAUCUUCUUGAUGUCCAUUCAUUAAAGCAGUCAUAUGGUGAUAAUCUGCUGUCCUUUUUCUCUACAAGUAGGCACACUGUAACCAAGAAUUUCAUCAAAAGCAGGUUUAGGAAUUUACUACUUGGUCUUCCAUAAUAAUCAAAUUGUAAACAUUUCAUUACCUGUUUGCAGUGACUUUCUUUUUGGAUAUAUCAAGUGAAGAUUUCUGUGAAAUAUUUUUGGUUGCAGUUUGUCAGUUAGAUAUAUAAUUCAAAAUUUCUUUGAAAAGUCAUCGUUAAGAGUGACAUGCUGUAUUAUAUAAGCUUUAAUUCUAUGUUUCUUUGUAUUGAAAUGCUACAAGUAAAGUGAAAAGAUCUUCACCUUUCAAGCCUUGACACUGAAUUGUUUUUUCAGAAAAAUGUACAGUUAUUUAGGGGACUAGCAUGUGUGAAAAGAGGUUUUAAUGGCUUGUUGCGACUUUUCGUAGUAUUUUCCAGCUAGGAAACUAGAGACAUCUCAGUCUUGUGUAAACAAAAUUCAGCUGCAUUUGAACAGGCAGUUAUCAAGUUUUUUUGCGGUUUUGCGGUAAGUGACUUCUUGAAGCUACAGAAUGUUUUAAUUUCACAUGUGUUCAUUAAGCAUUUUAAUUAACCCUGUUAAGUGUGGUUCAGCAUUCUUCCAUUUUUUUAAACUAAAGUGCUGUAUAACACAGUGGGAGAAUGGCAAGUAUAUACUGUACAUAACUGGUAUAAAUUCAUAAAGGCACCAUGUUAAUAAAUGUCUACAGUUUUCAAGUUUUUCAAGUACAGUACAGCACUGGAAGUCAUAAUCAUGAAAACUUAACGGAUAGUCAAGACUGUGGGCAUUCACAGGGACAAAAUAAAGUCUUUUGUGAUAAUGAAUUCUUGAUUAACAUAGGGGUUAUUCGGAAGAAAAUUUAAGUUAGGUGUAGAAUGAUUUCUUUUGAUAUUUAAUCACGAACCAUGCGGACAGUUUUUUUUUUUUUUAUCACAUUGAGAAGAUAAAUGAACAGUACCACGGUAUAUUAUGGCAGUAACUUUUCAGUCGCGGUUUAUCAUUCUGGCCAAAAUUCACUUUAACACUAGCUCUGCUAAUUGUUGAGUCAGUUACAAUUUGCUAAUGUUGAGCGAUUCACCAUUAUAAAAUUGCUAAUGUAGAUGGUUCUACAGUACUAGUUUGCACUUUCAAUUGUAUUCAAGUAGUGUUGGCCAUGUUUUUAAAGAAUGUUCAUCUUGAGAUUCACAUAGUAUUACAUUGCUAGUAUAUCAAAACUCCUUCAGAAUGUGUAGUAUUUUUUAUCUAUUUCUAAUAUUGCAAUGAAAAUGUCGAAAUCCAUAAUACACUGUUGUAACAGAAUCCCUGUUUGCUCAGUUGAUAAAAGUUUACCUCAGAUACAAUGUACUGAAUGUAACUUGCACUGUUAUUUCAUUAUCAACAGACAGUGAGAAGAAACUGGAAAUUAAUUUAAUUUUCCUCCAUGAAAGCUACCUUUAAUGAUCAUCAGUAAGGGGAAAAAGAAACAGAAUGUACAAAGGCUGGUUUAGUAUGCAAGUGAUGUCAUUUUUUUCAGUGGCUGUUAUGAGAAUUAAUUACCACUAUGCAGGGAAAUCUUCCAGGCUGCCUCUGUAUAUAUGUAUAAAAGUGUAUUAAAGGAUCUAAGAAUUCUUUGCAGUUGAAGUUUUAUGCGUGACUGAUAACAAAAAAAAUCAAAACUAGUUGUGUACUAACUAUCUAAGAGUCGCAAUAGGAAACUGCAAGAAUAUGUGCUGAUACAAAGCUUAUGUAUGUUUAGUUUUUACAAUAAGGAGUAUAGCUUGGAAAAUUUAAGUAUUAAAAAACAUGGAACUCAAAAGAAUAUGUCUUUUAAAAGUUCACUUCAUGGUCAUUUAAAUACAUACAGAGGUAACAACUGUCUGUGGCUCAUUAGAAAAUAUGCUGGAACCCAAAUUAUGUAAGUACGUUUUAUUUUACAUCUUGAUUGAUUUACAGAACAAACAUGAAUUUUGGUAACCUUUUAGGAGAUAAUAUCAUUUAUUUUCAUUUUAUAGAAAGUAGAAAUUUAAUAGAUAGGACACUUCUAAGGACUGAUAUAUUAAACUCUAAAUUGGUGUUAACUGAGAUUGCCUAGAAGCUGUCAUUAUUUAAAUAAAUGCAAAGACAAUACUAGAUUAUUAUGUACGAUACUGUAUAAUUAACUUUGCAUAUUUUAUUUUUUAGUGGCUUACUCUUCAUCAAACUAAGGAUGAAAACCAUAUAUCAUUAAAAUAUGUAUAGAAAUAUUAAACCAAUGAAGCAGCAGAUGAACUGGCAUAUUUACAAUAAAAUGUUGUGUACUAACUUGUUUAGUUCAUGUUUGCAAAGGAUGAGUUCAAGAAAAGAUUGAUUAGUGCAAUUCAGAGAUUUUUAAUAUAACAGCUAGAAUUUGGACAUUGUUUGAACAAUAACUGCCUUAUAAAGUGUGAAUACUUAUAAUUAUGAACAUCAGGAUUAUAUGAUGAAAUAUGACUUCCCUGUUGUUUUUGCAUUUAAAUAAACGUAUUCAGACAUGACUACUGUAUAUUAUAGAGUCUCUUGUAACAGAUAUAAGGCAUUAGAUAUUGGAAUAUGGUCACUUAUUGUUAAAAAUUUAUCAUGUAAUUUACUUAUUUAUGGUUACUUCCUUAAUUUCUGCAUAAAAUUGUAUUGAAAGGAUACUUUGUAAUGUAUGUGUUGGUAGCAAUUAGUGCAUUCUGAUUUACAAUUUCUUUUAACUAAUGUCAAUCAUUUAAGAUAUUUAUUUCUUUCUACUCCUUUCUUCAGUGGAAGAAACUCAUAAAUUUGCUAAUUACAAAGAAAGGAAAUUUAAUUAUCAUCUAGUAUGUCAAUGCCUUGAUUAAUCUGUCCAGUAACAUCAUACAUAUGAUAGUAUAGUUAGGUACUUUUAUAGUUGUGAUAGGGAAUUCUUUACCCCUUUGUGUUCAAUUUUUUGUCUCUCUGGAAUCCUACAGAUAAUUAAAACUUUGUUGUUUUUGAUUAAUUGUGGCAUUGAUGUCACUAUCUUAUGAUUAUAGUGACCCAGGUGUUCACCAUGUGAAUAUCCUUACCCUUAUAUAGUUUUAUAUUUAUGUUUAUACGGAAAAUAAAAGAUGAUAUCUGUA